AGGUGGGAGCGAGCGGAUCGGGUGGGAUCGGAACCGCCAGCGCACGGAGGCCGGAGCAGCCAUGAGCGACAUCAACGUGAAGAAACUCAAGGUAUCCGAGCUCAAAGAUGAGCUGAAGCAGCGGGGCCUGAGCGUACAGGGCCUGAAGGCUGAGCUGCAGGAGAGGCUGCAAGCUGCCCUUGACAACGAGACCGAGGAGACCGAGAUGGAGACGGCGGGGCCGGGAGACGAUGGGCCCGGGCCGCUAGAGACCGGGGAAAACGGCAAGGAGGAGGCGGCCCAGAACUCCGCCUGCCCGGAGGAGCUGCCCGAUGAGGACGCGGAACAAGAACCGCUGUGCGAGGAGGCGCUGGGAGCCCGAGACAAAGCUGAGGACGAGGCGCCGGGCCCGGGCUUGAACGGCGCCCCUCCAGGGCACUUGGAAGCCUCUCGGCCUCUGGUCAAAGUCCAGGGCCUCGGAGAGUCCGGCCCACAGCAGCAACAGGCGGCGGCGGCGGCGGCUGAGCCCGCCCGUGGGGGAGGGGAGACUAUCGACGACCAGUUCGAAGAGGAGGAUGGAGUGGAGGAGGCAGAGAGCGCGGACUCGGAAGCCGAGCCCAAGACGGCGGAAAGCGAAAGUGGCCUAGGCGAGGAGGAGGAAGAGGAGGAAAACGGGAUGGCCGAGGCCCAGGCCCACGCGGCGCCCGCCGGGCCCCAGCAGCAGGCGGGAAACGAGACAAUGGAGCUCGGUCAGAACGCGGAUGCCGAGCCAGAGCGGAGAGAGCCAAAGGUGCCGGCCCCGGCCCCCGAGCCGCAGCCGGCCAUCCAGCAAAGCGGCAAAGGCAGAGAAAGCCUGGUUGAACAGACAGCUGAUAAGAGUAAAGAGCAAAAUCGCAAAGGAGUAAAGAGACCCCAUGAAGAUCACGGACGCGGUUAUUAUGAGUACAUUGAAGAAAACAAAUAUCGGCGGUCUAAAUCUCCUCUGCCCCCUGUGGAAGAAGAUGAGGAGGAGUUUGAUGAUACUGUAGUUGCUCUGGAUACAUAUAAUUGUGAUUUGCACUUUAAGAUCAAUAGAGAUCGUUUUGGCGCGAUGCCACUGACUAUGGAAGGUUUUGCCUACCUAUGGGCUGGUGGAAGAGCUUCUUAUGGAAUUAAUAAAGGCAAAGUCUGCUUUGAGAUGAAGGUUUCUGAGAAGAUACCAGUUAAACAUCUGCCAGCAGAUCAGACUGACCCACACGAGGUGAGGGUUGGCUGGUCACUGGAUUCCUACAGCAUGUUACUUGGGCAAGAAGAGCUUUCCAUUGGGUACUCUGGAAAUGGAGCAAAAUGUUCGAAUUGCAAAUCUGAAGAAUAUGGUGAAAAGUUUGGAGAGAAUGAUGUGAUUGGCUGUUUUAUUAACUUUGAUGCCGAUGAAGUAGAAGUCUCUUACUCCAAGAAUGGACAGGAUCUGGGUGUUGCAUUUAAGAUUGGGAAAGACUGUCACGCUGACAGAGCUUUAUUUCCACAUGUUCUCUGCCAUAAUUGUGCAGUGGAGUUUAAUUUUGGACAGAUGGAGACUCCAUACUUUCCUAUACCUGAAGACUUCAUUUUCAUCCAGCAAGUCCCAUUAGAGGAGCGUGUACGAGGGCCAAAGGGCCCGAAUACCAAAGGAGAAUGUGAGGUUUUGAUGAUGGUUGGCUUACCUGGCAGUGGAAAAUCAGUGUGGGUUUCGAAGCAUUCAGCAGAAUACCCAAGAAAAUACAAUAUUUUGGGGACAAACAACAUCAUGGAUAUUAUGAAGGUGUUGAGCUUCAAGCGGCAGAAGACCGACAGAGGUAAAUUAACCACGUUAAUCCAACAAGCUACACAGUGUUUGAGCAAGUUUAUUGAGAUAGCUGCUCGCAAGAAGCGUAACUACAUUCUUGAUCAGACAAAUGUGUGUGCAGCUGCACAGAGAAGAAAGAUGUGCCUGUUCGCAGGCUUCCAGCGUAAAGCGGUUGUCAUUUGUCCAUCAGAUGAAGAAUAUAAGGAGCGUUCAAAGAAGAAAGCAGAGGAAGAGGGAAAGGAUGUCCCAGAACAUGCUGUUCUGAAAAUGAAAGGUAUCUUUGCACUCCCUGAAGUGGGUGACUUUCUGGACGAGGUGAGCCACGCUGAACUGCAGAAGGAAGAUGCUCAGAAAUUGCUUGAGACAUACAAGGAAGAAAGUAAGGCAGCUCUUCCACCUGAGAAAAAGCCCAACACUAAUGCUGGGAAGAGAGCAAUGAAUCGGGGGCGGAAUGGUCAACGAGGUGGAAUGAACCAGUACAAUAGAGGAGGUCAGAGAGGGGGACGUGGUGGAUAUCAGAACCGUGGUGGCAAUUACCGAGGAGGUUCAAACCGUGGCCAGUUUAAUAGAAGAGGAAAUCAGCAAAAUCAAGGUUAUCCUCAAAACCAGCGCUUCACUCCCAUGGUAGCCUACACCAGGGGUGGUUUCAUUGAUAGGGGCUCCUUCAGCGGCAGUGGUGGUUCUUAUAACCACAGGGUUCAAGCAGACAACCACGGGGGUUCAGGCAACAACCGAGGUGCCUAUGGACAGAAUUUCAGGGGCAGGGGAAAUCGUGGGUACAACCAAGGCUACAGAAAUGAAAACUACAACCUAAGUCAGGGCUACAAACAGAACUGGAACCGUCAGCAGCAGGCGCGACUUCAGCAGUUCUGGAGCCAGUACAGCAAUCAGUAUAACAAAGACUACUACUAGGAUCUGCAGAGAAUGAUCCAACAACUGUUUCACUGCAGCUGUAACUUCAACCAAGAGAUGUCAACUUUUUUAAUCUUGAUUUUUAAACAUUCCAAAACAAAGUGCCUGCAGGUCGUAUUUGGAAGCUUUAUCGAUUAAUUGAUUUUUAAGUGUCUUUUAUUUUUUUACAUUUUAAUUGUAAUGUUUAGGUGGAAUGUGGUGAACCUCCAAUUUCUAGAGGAUGAAAACAUUUUCAGUUUCUGCAUUUUUUCUGUAAAAUUUUAUCAAAUAAAACCCCCCUGAACUUGUG